GUAUAAUAACUAUCUACAAUGUAAUAUUUAAUUAUACUGUAGCCUUGACUUACAUUAACCACAUUACUCUCUUUCUUCCUUUUAAACCGACUUUUUUUCUCCAAACAAAAACUCACAUCUACAUUACAUCAUUUUGUAGAUGAUUAGGAGCAAAACAAUCAUGUCUAUUAUAUCAGCUACCGAGAUACCAACGGUAUCACUUCUCUAUCAUCUGAAGAAGUUGACUCCCUACAAAGCAACUGAUGCAGACGAAUUACCUCCAACUCCAAAUCAAUUCUUCAAUGAUCGCAUCGGCUUGAUUCGUGGUGAUAUCACCCAUCUCGAAGUCGACGCAAUUGUUAAUGCCGCCAACAACUCUUUGCUGGGUGGUGGGGGCGUUGAUGGAGCUAUUCAUCGCGCUGCUGGACCCGGUUUGUUAAGGGAAUGUCGAACUUUGAACGGUUGCAGGACUGGCUCAGCAAAGAUCACCGAUGCCUAUGAACUUCCUUGUAAGAAAGUCAUCCAUGCUGUCGGACCGGUCUACGAUAGCUAUAAGCCUGAAGUCUCGGAACAAAAUCUCGAAGGAUGCUACAGUGCAAGCUUGGAUUUAGCGGUCGAGAACGGUUGCAAGACUAUCGCGUUCAGCGCCUUGAGCACCGGAGUUUAUGGUUAUCCCAGUGAUGAAGCUGCCCCCGUCGCCCUCAUGGCUGUUAGAAGAUUCCUUGAAAGCAAGAAGGGUCCGAACAUGGAGAAGAUCAUUUUUUGCACCUUCGUUGCCAAGGAUGUUGCCGCUUACAACGAAUGGAUUCCACGUAUCUUUCCAACGGCCGAAUCUAACGCCGACGAUGAUUGGGAGGAAGUCGAUGAAGUUGAAUCUGCUGAGAAUGGAGCCGUGUUAGUAAAGGGUGCUGGUUCGGCCAAGGAUAGUUCAGAAGCGAGCAAGGUUGAGCUUCCAGAAGUUCCAACUGAGGAGCCAAUCGAGGAUGAGGGACCUGCUACAAAGAAGCAGAAAUCUAGCGAUGAUGAGAACUUAUGAUGAUUUAUGAGAAAUGACGAAUAAAUGAUAGUCCUGGAGUAAUGGUUUUCGAUACGGGUUAGCUAGAUCUCUGAAAUACUAUAGCUCAUCAUGCCAGAAUUUAAAUUGUUACUGGAAACCAC